AUGGUGUUCGGAAAUGCUGAAGUUACGUCUGAUUUUUAUCUCCUUGAAACUAUUCGACGGUACUUGCUGGACGACAUUGAUGCUCCGGUUUUGUGCCGUAGCGGCAGCUCCGGGAGAAACCCGUCACCUGGCUUGUGUGAGAGUUGGGGGGAUUCCAACUUCAGCGGAGGCUCCGGGUGGUUGUCAUCGUCUGCCGUGCCAGAGAUGGGUUCCCAUAAGUUUCCGGUGAUUUUGGAUUUCACGGCAGUGCCUCCUCCAAAAGUGGUGGAUGCAGCUCCGGCACAGGCAUUUAAGAAGAAUUACAGGGGGGUGAGGAGUCGGCCGUGGGGCAAGUUCGCUGCCGAGAUAAGGGACCCAGCCAAGAAUGGGGCCCGCAUGUGGCUGGGGACAUACAAGACUCCGGAGGAUGCUGCGCUGGCUUACGACAGGGCGGCGUUCCGCAUGCGAGGGGCACGUGCCUUGUUGAAUUUCCCGCAUAGAAUCAACUCAGGUGAACCGGAGCCAGUUAGAAUCAAAAGCAAGAAGAGAUCCGCUUCAACUCGUGAUUCCUCCUCCUUCGCAUUAUCAAAAAAUAUGUCAUGUAAGAGGAUGAAGACGGGUGCUCAAGUGGUUGUACAAAGUUCUACCUCUUUUCAUCUGCAAUAA